UGCGCGGACCGUGACGUGCGGGGGGCGGGUCCCGUCCGCGCGGCGCUCCAAGGGCAGGCGGGCGAUGGCGGCCGUGGUGGCGGCGGCGGCGCGGGGCGGCCUACGCGGGGCCCUCCUGGCGCAGCAACAGCGCUGGGGAUCGGGAUCGGGCGCCGACCAGCUGGGCGAGCUGGGCAGCGGCGCCGGGAAGGGCGGCGGCGGCGGCGGCGCCAUCCGCGAGGCCGGCGGUGCCUUCGGGAAGAAGCAGGCGGCGGAGGAGGAGCGGUACUUCAGGGAGAAGGAGAGGGAGCAGCUCGCUGCGCUACGGAAACACCAUGAGGAAGAGAUCGAUCACCACAAGAAAGAGAUAGAGCGUCUGCAGAAAGAAAUUGAGCGCCAUAAGUAUAAGAUCAAGAAGCUUAAAGACGAUGAUUAAGCUGUUUGUUGAAUGUGCACGGCCAAUGCUGAUUGUGGUGUAAAACAGCACUGAAGACUCUAUGCUUUGGCUCACGUAAUCCAAAUUUGUGCAAUUACACUGCAGUCUGCAACAAUGUCAAAUAAACUACUCGGCCUCUC